UACUGUUUGAUUUUGGUUUGCUAUUUAAUUAAAAGAAGAAUCCUCCAAUCCUCUCCUCCCAAACCCAAAAACCUCUCAUCAAUUUAAUCCCCAUUCUACCCCCCUCAUAAGACAAAACACUCUUACCUCAUCCCCUCUCUCUCUCAAGAAAGCCAACUUUCUCUCUCUAAAUAGUCUCCUCUUUCUCUCUCACACAGUCCCAUACUUCCCCUCAAAGAUUCAAAGAGGAAAAAUGGACAAAGCUGCUGAGUCCUCCGCCUCAUCUACACCGGCUCAGCCAAUCGGAGCUGAGGAUUCAGGCACCCAAGAAAUCAACACCGACCAUCACCUUAAAAUCCCGGCUGGCCUAACCCAAGACGAGUUCGACGCGCUCCAAUCCAAAAUCAUCGAGUUCCACAGCUACCGGGUCAACUCGGGCCAAUGCUCCUCCCUACUCGCGCAGCGCAUCCACGCGCCGGCGACUACCGUCUGGUCCAUCGUCCGGCGAUUCGACAAGCCCCAGACGUACAAGCACUUCAUCAAGAGCUGCUCCGUGCCGGACAACUUCCAAAUGGCGGUGGGCGUCACCCGGGACGUCAACGUCAUCUCCGGCCUGCCGGCGGCCACCAGCACGGAGAGGCUGGACAUACUGGACGACGACCGGCACGUGACCGGGUUCAGCAUCACCGGCGGCGAGCACCGGCUGAGGAACUACCGGUCCGUGACGACGGUGGACGAGUUCAACCGGGACGGGGAGAUCUGGGCCGUGGUUCUGGAAUCGUACAUCGUGGAUGUGCCGGAAGGGAAUACGGAGGAGGACACGCGUCUGUUUGCGGAUACGGUGGUGAGAUUGAAUCUGCAGAAGCUGGCGGCUGUGAGUGAAUCCAUUGCAAGUGAUCGGAGUGGUGGUGAAUGACCCAAAGGGCCGCCGCCACUAAUUAAAAAAUUUUCCUCUGUAAGUUUCCAUGUGCAUAUUUCUUCUUCUUUCUCGCAGAUUCGUACCAAAGAAGCAAGGGAAAAAACGAAUUUAUGAUUUGGGCUUUAAAAUUUGGGAUGAUUUUCAUAAAAAGAAGGUGCAAAAUCACGUUAUGUUUCGAGAAUGGAAGAUUGAAUGAUUGAUUGAUCCAGAAGACAAUUUGAUGACAGAGAUUGAUGAAUUGUACAGAUAUGUAUUUCUCUACUUCAAUGAGUUUGCUACUGUAUUGAUCAAUUUCCACAUUUUAUUUUUCUUGCUAAAAAAAGGGGGUUGAAAACUACUGCAUUAUCCGAUUAAUUUGUUACUUUCAUUUCCUUUUUUUUUUUUUUGGUUUUAUGAUUUAUGAAUUGCAAUAUGUAAGCAUGGAGUGAAUUGGAUUAUUGGUCACUUGUUAGCUCUUGUUGGUAUAUUAGCGUUUCAAAAUGAUUGUUUUAUUUGUGACGGAAAUAAUUGUGAUAUGAAAACUCUUUAAUUGAGAUAUGGCUGAUAUUAUUCUCCCUACCAGAAAGAACCCACUCUACUAGUUCCCUAUAGUUUUUAAACUGUUGAAGAUAGGUUUCUAUAUUGUAGUAGCUACCACAGCACUACUAGCGUGUAGACAUUUCUCUACUAAUUGUUUAAUUGCUUGCAUUAUUGAUUUAAUAUCCAGCAUUAUUAUUGCAAUGAUAAUUAUAUAUUAUCUCCGUUCCCAA